CUUUGAGCGGGAAAAUCUCCAAGCACCCAAGUCCAAGCCAAUAGAUUCUUUAGAAAAAGUCGAUGAAUGGCUGCCAUCAGCUGCUGAUAUCUUCAACAUAGCUACAGUGCCAUAUCGCCAAGAUCAAUCUGAUAGGGAUCUUGGCAAAUCAAAGUUGUUGCUAUGCCAUGACAUGGCAGGCGGGUAUCGGGAGGAUGAAAUGGUGCAAGGAAAUGAUUAUGAGACAAUAUGGAGCUGCCAGACGUGGCAUUUGGUGGACAUAUUCGUGUAUUUCUCCCACCACCGUAUCACGAUUCCCCCUGUGAACUUCACCAACGCGUGCCAUCGAAACAACGUUCUAUCUCUUGGCACCUUUAUUGUUGAGUGGCAAGAAGGCGUAUCGGAACUGGAGAAGUUUCUCUUGGGUCCAUCCAAAGACGCAGAUUUUGACAAAGAAAAGCCAUCGAGCGAUAUGUGGAAUCCUCACUAUGCAGACAAACUCGUUGAAAUUGCGGAACAGUAUAAAUUUGAUGGGUGGCUCAUUAACAUCGAAAGUCCAUUUGCGGCAUCUCCGUUGCCGGCAGAGUAUAAGGCACAACAAAUGGUAAAGUUACUGAGGUACCUUACAGAAAAGUUGCAUCAACGGAUACCACACUCUAAGAUAAUAUGGUACGACUCCAUGACCAAGAAUGGAGACAUCAAGUGGCAGAAUACCCUGAAUGAUAUGAACAGCGGAUUUUUUGAUGUUACAGAUGGCAUCUUCACAAAUUAUUGUUGGAAAGCCGAUACGCCAGCUGCAGCAUUUGAGAAGGCAAAAGCAAUGGGACGCAAAAGCAACGAAGUCUAUAUGGGUUCCGAUGUUUGGGGUCGUGGUAGUUUUGCUUCUGGCUUUGAGACGUGGAAAGGUGUACAAGAGGCGUCAAAGUUCAAUCUGUCAUCUGCUAUUUUUGGGCCUGCUUGGACAUACGAGUUCUUGGGAGCCGAAAAUUUUUCUAUCAAUGAUUCCUUACUUUGGUAUGGUGGCAUGCCCUCGCAAUAUCCUCUGCUGGGGCAAAACGAGAUCAUUAGUCUCGAGGCCGGACCAACCACAGUAGAAAUACAAGAUAACCGAAGGUAUGGCAUUAGUGACAUUGUACCCUCGCGCCCUGCGUCAACGACGGCAACUUUCUUUACAUGCUUUGAUCGAGGCUAUGGGGACGUUUUCAACAUUGCUGGCGAGAGACAAAUGCUGAAAAAAUGGUCGCAUAUCUCGCACCAAAGUAUUCAACCCAAUGUAAAACAACCCAAUGGAAUGAUUCGAUACGUAGUAUCCAUGGCUCAUGCAUACCUUGGAGGUUCCAGCCUUGGAUUCUACAUCAAUGAGGCUUUUGGUCAGAAUGCCAUGGCAUGGUCCACAGAAAUGAUACCCCUUUACUCGUUGGAUAUGCCGCUUGGUGAAUUUUGUCGAGUUCAAUAUACGGUGAAGGACGUCGAACAGAACAUAUCUUUUGGAAUCUACAUUCGCGUAGCUCGACCUGAAAAUGCUACUCAGCGACACAUUUUGAAUUCAUCGCAGGAAGCAACCUCCGAUACUUACAUGAUCAUCGAAAGUGACGUUAUCCAGAGCAAUGCCGAGAGUCAAGUUAUCAUCAAUCCUUCUAUGUGUGCAACGGAAACUCAGAAUAAGUGGCUAUCGAAGACACGAACCUUUAAAUUCUCUGGUGAUGGUAAUGCUGAUUGGAAAGUAAUUGAAGUUGGUGUUGUGCUCCACAAGCCACGGGCACAGCGGAUUACCACUGAUUUGGUGGCAUUUUUAGGGUCACUUAGCAUCAACAACCAGCCAAUGUCUCCUCCUACCUUCGAAUUUCCGCACAUUCACAUAUGGGAUCGAUCAGUCCAUGAGAUGGACUUGCCAUCACAACACGCUAUAUCUGCAUCCGGAACUAGCAAACAUAAGCUGCUAUUUUGCACGUUGGAAUGGAAUAUCAAGUUUGUGGAUGCUCCCUCGACUCCAAACAAGUUUUCGUCAAAGAUUUGGGAUCACGUCUAUUUCUUUGCCAUUUAUGCUCGGCCUGUUCGCGACAUCGAUAUGGUAGCGCAUCCAAAAUUCAAGCCAUUCCGAUGGUCAUUCCUCGGCACAGCUUUCACUUGUGCAUUUAGAGUGUCUGGUAUUUUGGUACAAGAAAAAAGGAGUACAUGGGAAUUUGAAGUACGAGCGUUCAAUCAUUCAGGCAAAGAAGUCGCCAAACCUGCCAAUAUUGAAAUUAAUGUAUGAACAUGAUAUCUUUGGGGUUUAUUUGAAUGAAAAUGAUAUUUUAUGGGUGUAAGUUGUAUGCUUCCGAUAUCCUUCGUGUUUGUUUGGAUUGGCCACCACUGGGAGAAGACAUUUUAAGUGCAUAGACCAACUGGAUCAUAUCGUCUUCUUCUUUCGACAGAGGUACACCAUGUUGGGCAGCAUAACUUUGAUCCGCACGAAGAAUACUCUUGAUUUGCCGCUGGCACUUUAGGAAAACUUGGGCGUUCUGAUGAUAAUUUUCAGAGUGAGACGCAGCAUCGAAACGUAAAAGCUCGAUGUCGUUGCAAAGCUGUGAGAUCUUUGACAAUCUUUCCACCUUGGCUGCAAUAUCUGCCAACUCCUUUCUCUCUGCUUUCAAUGUUUCCUAAA